CUCAGCUUUAUCUGUAAGAUGAUAACAUCACCUCGCCCACUAAAAUAGAUCACUGCCUCACCCUGGGGGUGUACACAGUAAAUGGUAGCUAUUGGCAUUGCUAACAGAUAGUCAUCGCAUAAGAGACCUAUCUCAGAGCAGACAGGAGGGAGGAAUGAGACGAAGGAGAAGAACCACUGUGAUAUGGAUCCCAAAUAUUUCAUCUUAAUUUUGUUUUGUGGACACCUGCAUCAUACAUUUUUCCCAGAGACAGAAGCAACUACUACAGAGAUUACUACAGAGGUGCAGCCACAGUCUACUUUAUUUAGAUCAUCAAUACCAUAUGCCUCAGCUCAUUCUCAAGGCCCAAGAGAGAAUCCUCUAGGUCAACCAACACAAUUCAACAACCUUUCUUCUGGACAACCUAUACCAACUCCCAAAGUUGCUACUGGACAAUCAACACCAGCUGCCUAUGCCUCUUCUGGGAAACCAGCAGCACACACUUCUGUUGGACAACCACUUGCCUAUGUUACCAAAAAACCAACGGCUAUGACCAAUACUUCCUCCCAAGGAACAGCACUACCUGUGUUCACCUCUGCCCGACAACUAUCACCGUCCGUCCCUUCUUCUACCAGCCAACAAUUACCAUCUGUCCACACUCAAACUCAACAACCAUCCUCUAUGCACACUUCCAGAAAAUCGAUACCACCGACUGUUCAUAAUCUACCCACACCACCGACACCAAGUAGCAUAAAUUCACAUAGGAAUACACCAGGAUUCAUCCUAGACCCUACCAUGAACAAAAAAACCCCAGAGAAAACCAAUUCUCAUUCAUCAACAGUUGCCAUAUUAAUUGGUGCAAUUCUGACUUCUAUGUUUGUAGCUAUAAUCAUGAUUGUAUUGUGGAAAUGCUUGCAAAAACCAGUGAUAAAUGAUCAAAACUGGGCAGGUAGGUCUCCAUUUGCUGAUGGUGAAACUCCUGACAUAUGUUUGGGUAACAUUAGAGAAAAUGAAGUACCCACAAAACGUACAUCAAUUAUUUCACUGAUGGCUUGGAAACCAAGCAAAAGCACAUCUGCAGCAGGUGACUUAGAAAUUCAGUUGUUUGAAUCAAGAGAAAACAUUAGAGAUUCCAACAACCCCAAAGCAGAGAAAAUAAAAGAUCAAGCAAAUGGUACAUCGGAGGAUAGCGCUGAUGGAUCGACGAUUGGCACUGCUGUUUCCUCUUCAGAUGAUGCAGAUCUGCCUCCACCGCCUCCUCCCCUUCUUGACUUGGAAGGACAGGAGGGUGACCAAUCUGACAAACCCACAAUGGCAACUGUAUCUCCUCUUCCAAAUGAUUCUGACAAUCUCCCAUCAUCUCUGGACUGUCUCAAUGAAGUCUGUGAAGAUCCUAAUUCUGAAUUUAAACAGUCAUUUCCACCUCCUCCUGACUCAGUUAACUUGCCCCUGCCACAGGAAGAUUUUAUGAAAAACCAGGACCAUUCCAACAAUGAGAUUCAGUGUCAGGAGUUUCCUAUUCCUCCUGACUCCCAUCAAGACCUCAAUGAAUCCCUGCCACCUCCACCUGCAGAAUUAUUAUAAAUGUUACAACUUGCUCAUUAGCUGAUUUUCUACUCUUCUCAAAGGACUCCAUCUUUUGUUUUUCUUCAUGUGAUGAAAUAUAUUAAACAGCAAGUGUUAGCAAAUUUUUAUUCAGGAAUUACCUGAAAUAUGCAUAAGUGGAACUUUAAAAAAAUUAUAUAACAAUGGUAUGUCUACUGGUUAUGGGACCUAACUUUAGUGUAUAGUACAUUUUUACAUAUGUGCAUAGUAUGUAUAUCAAUAAAUUAACCAUUUUGGAAACAAGCAAUCUACAUAUACUUAUUAUCACCCAAUAGUUACUUUUUUUCCAGAAAAGCUGUGUAUAAGGUUACCUUGACUAAAUAAAAUCUUAUUUUUACAUUUCAAA